AUGGUUCGCGUGCUCGCCCUCUCCGCUGCUGCUGUUGCCGCCCUGGCGUCCUCGACGUCGGCGCUGGACCAGAAGCUCUACGGUCUCAACUACGACCUGCGUCAAGGCCCUGACUGGGAUCCCAGCAAGUGCAAGUCCGCGGACACCAUCGCUGCUGACCUCAAAAUCCUUAGCACCAUCACAUCUAAUGUGCGUACCUACAGUCUCUCGGACUGCGAUGUCACGGGCGUGCUCAAGGCUGCCAAGGACUUGUCGCUCACUGUAUGGCUCGGCGUCUGGGUGUCCGAGGACGAGAAGGUGUACGACGCCGAAGUCAAGGCCUUCAAGGAGCUCAUCAGCGCCGGCCUCAUUGACAGCAACGUCGUGGGAAUAAACGUCGGCAGUGAGGCUGUGUACCGCGAGGACAUCUCGGCUCAACAGGCAAUCAAGUACGUGACCGACUUCAAGAAGGUCAUGUCGGACAACGACAUCAGCGUGCCCGUCAGUAUCACGGACAUCAUCGACACGUUCGUGCAGUACCCGGACAUGCUCAAGGCCGGCGACAUCGUGACUAUCAACCAGUUCCCCUUCUGGGAGAAGAUCGAGGCGGACAAGGCUGCCGCUCAGUUCAACAAGCGUAUUCAGCCUCUGCUCAAGAUGGCUGGCGACAUGGAAGUCAUUAUCAGUGAGACCGGUUGGCCCACGGGUGGCUCAGCCAAGAACGGAUCGGUAGCCUCGGAGGAGAACGGCGCCGUCUUCUUGAACGACUUCUAUCAGUUGGCGGAGUCGAAGGGGUGGAAGUACUACUACUUCGCGGGUUUCGACACGCCCUACAAGGAGGAGCAGGCGGAUGAUGCGACCACAGUGGAGUCGCACUUCGGUAUCUUCGACGACAAGGGAACCAUGAAGCCGGCGUACGAGAACCUCAAAUUCACCAAGAACGACGAUUUGGGAACGUCGGGCAGCUCCGAUACGACCACUUCGUCGGGAUCGACGAGCACCAUUUCGACUGAAAACGGAUCGUCGCAGCUCGUUGCUGCCAGCUUUGUUGCCGUCAUUGGCGUCGUAUCCACCAUGUUCUGGAGCCUGUAA